ACGCGCGGGGUGCGCGGCGCGGGGGGAGGGGGGAGGAGGAGGCCGCCGCGGCGAAGUUCUCCGCCAUGAACCUGAGGGGCCUCUUCCAGGACUUCAACCCGAGUAAAUUCCUCAUCUACGCCUGUCUCCUGCUGUUCUCUGUGCUGCUGGCCCUUCGUCUGGAUGGCAUCAUUCAGUGGAGUUACUGGGCUGUCUUUGCUCCAAUAUGGCUGUGGAAGUUGAUGGUCAUUGUUGGAGCCUCAGUUGGAACUGGAGUCUGGGCACGAAAUCCCCAAUAUCGAGCAGAAGGAGAAACAUGUGUGGAGUUUAAAGCCAUGUUAAUUGCCGUGGGCAUCCACUUGCUCCUGUUGAUGUUCGAAGUUCUGGUCUGUGACAGGAUUGAGAGAGGAAGCCAUUUCUGGCUUCUGGUCUUCAUGCCGCUGUUCUUCGUCUCCCCGGUGUCCGUUGCAGCUUGCGUCUGGGGCUUUCGACAUGACAGGUCACUGGAGUUAGAAAUACUGUGUUCUGUCAACAUCCUGCAGUUUAUAUUCAUUGCCUUAAGACUGGACAAGAUCAUCCACUGGCCCUGGCUUGUCGUGUGCGUCCCUCUGUGGAUUCUCAUGUCCUUUCUGUGCCUGGUGGUCCUCUAUUACAUCGUGUGGUCUGUCCUGUUCCUGCGCUCCAUGGAUGUGAUCGCAGAACAGCGAAGGACGCACAUAACAAUGGCACUGAGCUGGAUGACCAUCGUCGUGCCUCUCCUUACUUUUGAGAUCCUGUUGGUUCACAAACUGGACGGCCACAACGCAUUCUCUUGUAUCCCGAUAUUUGUCCCUCUCUGGCUUUCCUUGAUCACUCUGAUGGCAACCACAUUUGGACAGAAGGGAGGAAACCACUGGUGGUUUGGUAUUCGCAAGGAUUUCUGUCAGUUUCUGCUUGAGAUCUUCCCAUUUUUGAGAGAAUAUGGAAACAUUUCCUACGACCUCCAUCAUGAAGAUAAUGAGGAAACGGAAGAAACCCCAGUUCCAGAACCUCCUAAAAUUGCUCCAAUGUUUCGGAAGAAGACCAGGGUGGUCAUCACCCAGAGCCCUGGGAAGUAUGUCCUCCCACCUCCCAAAUUAAAUAUUGAAAUGCCAGAUUAGACACACUCCCUCGAACAGAGUGCAAGUGGACCGGGACGCACGCUGUCUUCUACCCUCUUCUGCCUCUCCGUUUACCCCACCCAGAACUAGAACUGGAGCGGGGGCUCCAGGGACUUCCAUCUCAUGCCUUGUUUGCACUCAAUGCCUACCAGUGACUCACCGUGACGGGACGCACACAGGGCAGGGGACGGGCGCGCGCAGUGUGGGCUGGGGGGAGGGUUUGUCAGCGGCUGUGGGUGUGAUGGAGGGACCACGGGUGAGAAGGAGAAAGCGAUCCUCUCUGGGCAGGCGCCUCGGGAGCUGGCUUGGCUCUGUUACGGAUGGCUGAUGAGGCCAGAGAAGGAACUGGUUUUCAAAGUGCUAAAAUUCCCAUCAGAAGUGUUCUUUGAAAAUGUUUCUUUAAACCAGGCUGGCCUCACCACAUAACUUCGUGUCUGCCAUUGGGGUGCAGUCAGCAGGCGCUGUCGCGGAAGCUUCAGGGCCCCUUGUGCCCGCACCGCCUUUUCGGCGUGGCUCCUGCGGGGGGCGCUUUCUCCCCGGGCAGCACCGACAGCAGUUUUUAAUGCCCCCAUUGCUGAGCCCUUUCUAAUGGAGUGACUCUGUGCCUGUAUAGUAUUUAUACAAAUAUUUUAGCAUUGUAAUAUACCGUGUCAAAUCCUAGUUCUGUACAGUAUAUUCUGUUAAAGUAUUUUUUUACAAGCUUGUAUUGGAGACAUAAGGUGUUCUGCUGCGGAAGUAGAAGUUGCUGGCGCACCUGUCCCACCCGGGGGCGCAGUGCCGUCAGGGCACGUCAUCAUUUCCCCCUUGAGAUCCAUACAGUAGCUGCUGCCGCCAGAACAGCCGCAAAAAGCAAGAAAUGGUCUGGGCUUUGCCUAUGUCUGGGAGUACGGGCUGUCAGACAACAAUCACGCGUGACCUGAAACAAGAAAUGCGGGCCAGAGUGGCGGAGAUGGAACAGCCACUGGAAGGGGGAAUUAUUAAGAUCUGAGGCCUUGUGUCUGCCCUUGACAGAAGCCCUUCCUGCCGGUCCCAGACCCUUCUUGAGGAGAGCAAUGGCUCGCAGAAUGGAGGGGUCGCGGGGUGAGCCCUGAGUCAAGGCAGAAGUAAGCAGCCCUCCAGGCUAAGAGCCUUUGGGGAGAACAAGCAGCCCUUUGUUCCAGGAGGGAAAAGGAGCACCAACAUUCUCACUGAGGACGAGAGGAAAGGGUUGGACAUGUGCGGCCGCUGCCCUGGCUGAACCAGGCUCAGCGGGUGUCCAGCACACACGCGUGCGUGAGACCGCCUGGCACAGGCUGCGCCAAGCCUGUGGUCUCUGAGGUAGAGGGAACGCUCGGGAUGGCGAGGCCUUUCCUGCUUGGUGUGGAACAAAUGUAGCGCAAUCCACUGUUUUUCCUCCCUGCAGCUGUUCAAUAAACUGGUUCCUCCUUUUCCAUGGUA